CAGAAAUCGACUAUUCUUUCCCAAACCCAGAAAUCGAACGACCAGGCAUCGCCAUAAACUCUCCUUCCUACAGUUUCAUCGUCCAAUUCAAUCGGGGGGGGGGGGGGGGGGGGGGGGGGGGGGGGGGGGGGGGGAGAGGCCAGCAGCGAUUAGAGAGGAUGUCGAUUCGGAGAUAUGCAGGGGGAAGAAUCGCACCAGGCAGGAAAGAGAACGAGUGGAAGAGGGAAGCUGGGUUCUUGCUACCAGUCGAUUCGUCGUCCGAUCCCUGACACCGCUGGGUUCUUGCUACCAGUCGACGACCUUCGAUCGCAUCCGACGCAGAGUGUCGACUACGGCGGCGGCAGCCAGAAUUAAGAACGCACUGCUCUUGAGCGGAGCUGGAGUCACCGCCGGAAGCUUCUUCUAUCGCUCCCCAAAAAUCAACGAUCGGUUUGCCAUCUUCUCAACCGGCGUUAUUCUUCCUUGUCACCAUCGGCCGGCAAUGAUUCUUCCUUGCCGGCGUUGAGUCCGGCUGCAAGUAGAUAGCUUUUUUUUAUUAGGCUGGAACUUGGAAGUAGAUACGACAGAACGGAAAUAAAUUAGUAAUUUCAAAAUAAAUUGCAGUGGUAGUGAUGACUCGGUAUUUGCACAUGUUUUCCCCUUUGUUUCUUGAUUGUUUGAGCUUGAAUUAUUCCGUCUUUGGCCUAUUUUAUGCUAGGUUGUAUUACUUUGUCACAUUUCAGGUCCUAGCACAUAAAGUGAAGCAUAGGCGCAAGUUUCAAGUCAAUCAGAGAUCAUUUGACGAUUCGAGAGAAGAAACUCGGGCAUGACCUGAAGAAGAAUGGAUUUCUACCUCACUUUAUGGACAAAGAAUCAUGCAAGCUUGUCAUGAAAAGAAAUAGGACGAGACUACGAGCGUCUGGGAUCAAACGGCGAAUGAUUCGGAGUCCGGACGAGGGAGAAACAAAGCAUUAAACAGAGGCUGAGCAAGCCACACGGGCACAACCCACACGGCCGUGUAACCUGGCCAUGUGGCCGUGUGGAAAUCACCGAGCCUUCACACGGGCAGCUGGGAAAGCCACCCGGCCGUGUGGCCUGGCCGUGUGAGUCGGGAAUUGCUGGUUAAAACCUGAUUUUCAGGAAAAGGAGAGAGAGAGAGAGCUGGGUUUUGGAUCCCAAACACCCAAGGGACGAACCCUAGAGAGAGAGAGCGACUUGGGAACAUUCUUGGAGCUAUUCUGGAGGAUUUCUUCUCCAUUGGAGAUCGGGAAUCAAGCUUGGAGAUGGAGAUUCAAGAUCUAGAUCAGAUUUCUGCAGUCUCUCUCUUCUCUAUGGAGUAACUUCCCUUCACUUAGAUUUUGAGGAACCCUAGUUCCAUGAGUUAGGAUAUUUCUUGUAUGAAGUUUUGAACGCUAUAUUGUUUGAUUAUAAUCGAAUGAUGCAUGUUUAUUGAGUCAAUUGAAGUCUGAUCAACUUUUCCUGAUUUCUGCUGCAACCUGAGAUAGAUAGAAUCUGAUUAGGUUGUUAAAGCCUCAUCAUUCGGUAGUAGGAGAUUGGCUAUACGAGAGUUAGCCAGUUUACUGCUUUGUACUGGAAUCCAAUUCCAAUAGUGGAGUUCUGUGCUUAUUGCUUCAGCUGUCUAUCCCGGUAAAGACUAGUCGUCUGCCGGAUAGUUAGACUGAGAGGGCUUGGUCAGCUUAAGAGAUUCCAAGCUACUGUCGGAUCUUCCGCAGUUUAAUCAACAGUAAAACAACCAAAAGGAAUUACAACUUGGACCUAAUUGAGGAGCUAGGGGGAAUCAUACCUAAGCGAGUUCCCAAACUGUAAUUAGUAGUUUUACUUAUUUUAGUUAGUAGAGUAGUUUAGUUAAUCAAUCCUUAAUCUAGUUUGCUAGAUAAUGAACUGAAGCUGAGUAAUAGUAACUCUAGAGACCCGUGGAUUCGAUAUUUAUUACUUGUGCCACUAUACUGCAAUCCCUUUCAUUGGUUACACUUGGCCAUUGUUAGGUGUUGUGUUUUAGAGCAUCAAGUUUUUGGCGCCAUUGCCGGGGACUUUCUAGAUUAUUAGGAAAGGCAGAAGUUUGUUACUUUAGCAUUUUUCUUUUAUUUUCCACCCUUGCUUUUCACUUGGGUGUUUUUUUUUCUGUUGGUGCAGAUUUGAAUCAUGGAUCCUCAUGGCUUCUCCAAUCAUUGGGGGUAUCCACCACCAUCCGAGUGGUAUUACCCCGAGACUCCCUGGAGCAAUCAAGAAGGAGAAGACAAUGGAUUCGGGUUCCAGUACCAACCCCCUUACUAUGGAGAACAAUCAGACCCCUGGGCAUAUCAAGAACAACCUCCUUAUCAAGAAGACUUUCUCCCACAACCAGAAGGGCCAUCAAAUCUUGAGUUCACCACAGCCUUCAAGGGCGAUCUGGCAGAGCCAUGCUACACUCCACAGCCAAAUCCAAACUAUCACUUGAGGCUUCUCGUGGAGCAGAUUGCUCGAGUACCUGAGAGAUCCUUUCCCGAGAUGGAUCCUCAUAUCCAGGCCAUUGUCCAAACUGACUUCUCAUUUCCCCGUGAAACAGAGGAUACCCUUCGGAGCAUAAAGGAGCACAUAGAGGUCAUUAAGAAAGCCUGUUCACAGUUUUCUCAAGACAAACUUUAUGCUGCCAUACAAGUAGAGGUGGAGGAAGAAGAAGGAAAUCAUGAGGAUGUUGAGGAGCAUACAGAAGUUGUCAAGGAAAGCUCCCAUGAUAAUCAUGAUCAAGUGUAUCCUCUGGUGGUAGAUCACAACUUUCCCCAUUUUCGCUCUGACAUGCUGGGCCCGAGCGAGGAGAUGCAAGCUGAACUUAUUGAGAACCUUGCAUGGCGACUUGCUCUCCAAUCAGUUAUGGAAGAAGAAGAGAGAGAAAGGGUGAGGAAAGAAGUUGUGGAGGAUGAGGAAGAAAGCAAAGAAGAGGUAGUUCUUGAUCUUUUCCGAGGAGUGAUACCACAUGAAGAAGAAAGGGAGGUUGAAGAAGCAAUUGGUGUCCAGGCUGAGGAUGAAGUUGAGGUGGAAGAGGCUUGCACCGGCCCUAUAAUACAAGUAAUAUACCCACCAAACUUCGAGGAACUACUUAGCAAGGACCCAUUUGCAGUGUCUCUUUGCCAGACCAAGGCCACAUCGACAUCGGUCCCUCUUGGUGGACGCGAUGGUGGUCAAUCGAUGUUGUCAUAUAUGGUUUGGGGCAAUGAGACGAGAGAAGAGAAGAAGAGGUCUCGAGGAUGGAGACUUCAUCUGCAUCAAGUGCACGAGCUUCCAUCACCAGUCAUACCACAUGCUCGUGACUUGCGACUCCACCUCAUUGACGAGAACCUCAACUUCAAGGAGGUUCUAGCAUGGACCGAAACUUAGGAGCCAUGGUCUGGCUCACGACGUGAAGAAGCGCUUUUUGGGAGGCAACCCAACCAGUCAGUUUGCAUUUCUUUCUCUAUUUCUCCUCGGUUGAGUCAGUUUUGUUAUUUGAUUUUAGAGUCAAUAACUCAAAUUUUGUGAGAUUUUGUGUGGUGUUUGCGUUCUGAUUACUCUCUCUUCCUGGAAUGCACCGCCUGACCCGUCCAUCAUCAUUCACCCUUGAUCUGGUAACUUCGUUCUACCCUCCUUAUCUUUCCUCCAUUGAGGACAAUGUCUUGCUUAAGUGUGGGGGGAUGUUCGAUUAUGUAUGCGGGUGAAUGUUUGGCUGUUUGUGUGCUUGGAGCCUAGUCCACUGUCCAAAUUUUUAAAUUUGAGGGCUCCAAGUACGUGUUUCCUUGCAAAUUGCCUACUCAGUAUGCUUUGAAUUGACAGUCUCUAUAGUAAUGUGCAACCUAGGGAGGUAGUGUAGCACUAUGGAGGAUGUUGAAGUAUAAAAUUUUUCCUAUCUA